AUGAUUCUUUUAGUUGGUGGUGAUAGUUUACCUCGCAUAGCUUGUUACGAUGAUGGUUGCCAUCUUGUUCGAUUUGUACAAAAAAAUGUCGGCAAGCUUAUUACCAAUACGCCAGCUUCCGAAGCAUUGAAAAUGACGAAGUUUUACAUCGACAAAUCACAUUGGAAGAAUCAUGUUGGAACCUGGUGUAAAGAAAACAUGUCUCCCUAUUCUAACUCAGAUUUGAAUAUGAUUAAUACUCAAUGUGCAGAACAACAUUUUUCUUGGCUUAAGCGAUAUUCCGCGAUUAUUAGCAGCCUUGGUUGGAUGCGAGCGCCAUUGUAUCUACUUGUAUUAUUUCACUGCAAGAACUUAUCGACGUGUAAUGUGCGUCCAACAACACAUUUCAAUAUUGCACAUUUGGUACCUGAUGCUCCAACUAUUAGUCUUCCACAUGCAGCUAGCAUUCAACAAGAAAGUUAUUUAUCAUCAUCUACUGCCGGCAAUGAUUUGAUUGCAGAUUCAUCUUGUUUAAUGAAAAAUGCUCAAUCGAACACAAUUGAUAAUAACAAGUGGAUGACAAUGUCAAAAGAUAUUCAACAUGAUAUCAAACAAAAAUCGUCGAAAUUAAUUUCAACAGUAGAAGAUUCUACUGAUUGUAAAUGGACAAAAAUUACCGAUAAAAUAAAUUCAUCAAGAACAAAUACAUUUAAAGAAAGAAAUAAACGAGGACGAACAAAAAGUGUAACAAAUCAGUGUGAUCUUCAAGUCGAACAAAUAUUCCAACAAGUUAAAAAAAAUGCUAAACAUUUUAAACAAUAA